UAAUCUAUUCAAAACUCAUAAAUUAAAUUUUUUGGCUCCGUCUCUGGCUUCUGUGCCCCGUAUCAGAUUAGUUCACAUGGUGCAGGGCUUGAAUUUUUUAACCAAAACUGUAGCUAUUGCUUACAUUGCGUUAUUAUAAGAUGGGAUCCUCUCCUUCACUCUGUUCUCUCCUGACUUUGACCCGGAAAUUUACUCUGCCUAAUCGUACUAGUAUAUGACCAAAUUGAAUAGCCAAUACAUCAAGAAUUUGAAAAGGGGUAGGAAGAGGCAUGCAUUUAAUGCAACUUUCUUGUUCUAUUACGUCAAUCAUCCAAUUUUUCCUCCUAUUCUUUUUGGAUACAUUUAUUUCAAAUGCUAGUAACAAACAGUAGUAUUUGUGUAAGCACAUCAUAUCUCAUGGCAUUUAAUGUGUAGCCGGCUAUGGACUCGCUGAUACUUACACUCUACAAGUCUGUACUGUGGUGCUACACCAUUUGAUAGGUCAAUGUUCUUCUGUUUACUAUUUACUCUCCUAGGAAGACUCAUCUUUCUUUACUUAAACUUAAAAGACUUGACGUUUUGUUGAUCAUUAAGGAGGGACAAGUUGUGUGUGUGUGUGUCUGAGUUGCAUGUGUAUGAGAGGGAGGAAUGGGGAGAACACCAUGUUGUGAUAAGAAUGGUUUGAAGAAAGGACCAUGGACUACUGAAGAAGAUGAAAAACUUGUUGAAUUUAUCAAGAAGAAUGGUCAUGGUAGUUGGCGUUCUCUUCCAAAACUUGCAGGUCUUCUUCGCUGUGGGAAAAGUUGUCGUCUUAGAUGGACGAAUUAUCUAAGGCCAGACAUCAAACGAGGUCCUUUUAGCCCCGAAGAACAGAAGCUUGUCAUACAGUUGCAUGGCAUUCUUGGAAACAGAUGGGCUGCAAUUGCAUCACAACUACCUGGAAGGACAGACAAUGAGAUAAAGAAUCUGUGGAAUACUCACCUGAAAAAGCGCCUGGUUUCCAUGGGCAUUGAUCCUCAGACUCAUGAACAGUACUCUUCCACUAAUGGACUGCUGAUAAGACCAGCUACAUCACCUUCAGCCCGCCACUUGGCACAAUGGGAAAGUGCUAGGCUCGAAGCUGAGGCUCGUCUUUCCAGAGAGUCCCAAUUCCUGGUUCCAUCAUCAGUUGGAAGAUCUGACACUGACUAUUUUUUGCGCAUUUGGAACUCAGAGAUAGGAGAGGCAUUCAGGAAAUUCAAGAAAGGAGAAAAAACUGCUUGUCAAAGUCCAGCCUCUCAAGCAUCUUCGUGUACAAAGUACGGAUCAGCCUCAAGCAUUACGACUGAGGUUGAGCUCAGUGUUAUAGAGAGCAACCAAAAUGAAUAUAUGGAGUGGAUGAAUGGCCAACCAUAUACUGAAGAUUUCUUGCAAGGAUCAGCCACCUCUAGCUCCGACGCCAUGGAGGAUUCGUCUGAAUCAGCACUGCAACUUCUUUUGGAUUUCCCUACUAACAAUGACAUGAGCUUUCUAGGACACAGUGAUUCCUAUAGCUUGCAUCCCCUUUUAGGUGAAAGCUCAUUGAUCUGCCCUAAAACAGAAUAUGCAGGGUGCUUUCUCUGAUAUCAGUGGCUCUGAAAUUUUUUGAUGCUGGUUGUUUUAGCGGUUCCAGCUGUGUGAAGAACACAUAGAACUCUAUCAUAUAUUAAUGUCAUGUCAAAGCAAUAGGGCUAUCUCAGCUCCAUCAGGGGAAAAGACUGUAUUUCACCUCUAUAUAUUUUGUCAUAGCAAUAGUGCUAUCAUGCGUGAUAUUUUUUGCUGAAAUGUCCAGGAGUUCAGGUCUAUUUUUCGUUUCUAUAAGUUGAUCGUGCUUGCAUAUUUCAGUUUAUUUUUUUGGUUUCAACCUGAAUAGCAAGUAAACAAGAACUAGUAGAAACUUCUGAAGUUUACUAGUGCCAGAAAAUUGGGAACACCAAGGGAUUCUUGACAACAUUUCAACUC